AUGAAUAAUACCACUAGUGUUAUUAGUGCUUCUCUUUUAAUUGCACCUUAUCAAUUGAAUAUUUUCUUUGGUUCAUUUCUUUGGAUUAUGGGUAAUUUCGGUUGUAUUGGUAAUAUGUUGGUAUAUCGUUCUCGAGCAUUUCGAAAACAAUCUUAUGCAGUAUAUUUAUUCUCAGUAGCAGUCGCUGAUUGUCAUUAUUUCAAUUUCGUAUUAUUAACACGCAUACUGCAAAAUGGCUUUCGAAUUCCAGUAAUGAAUCGUUACCUUGUUAUCUGCAAACUUCGUCAAUUUAGUACUUUUUGGGGUAAUAUAGUUUCAUUUAGUUUGUUUUCAUUUGCAAUUAUUGAUCGACUUCUAUCUGUACAACGAUCUAAUACAUAUCGACAAUGGAGUAAUCGUGUUUCUGUAGCAUAUAAAAUGAUCAUCUUAAUUCCUUUAUUUUGGUUAUUACUCAUUGGUCAUCGACUCAUUUUAUACAGAAUAAAGAAUGGUGUAUGUGGUCCUCCCGACGGUUUCUAUAACGACUAUGAUAAUUAUUUUCAAGUGAUAUUUUCCUCACUUUCUUCGACUGUUGUAAUGGCUAUAUUGGCUUAUCUAUUGAUCAAAAGUGUGCGAGACAUUGCCAAUCGAAGAGUUGUACCUAUGAAUAGUAUAUCUGCAAACAUCAGUCAAAAAAAUUCAAUGCUGAAGGAUAUGGAUGCACAAUUAACUAAGAUGUUAGUAACAGAAUCAAUAAUUGCUGUUAUUACAUAUUUUCCAUAUGCAGUUCAAUUGACAUAUUCAAAUAUAACACAAACAUGGUACAAAACACCGUUACAAAUCGCUUGGGAAAACGUAUUCAUUGAGCUGAUUCAUUUACUUAAUUACGUAUUUUUUGCAACGAGUUUCUAUGUAUCGCUUAUUUCAAAUGUUGGAUUUCGACGAAAAAUUAAACAAUUGUUAAAAAUAAACAAACACAUUCAAUCUGAUGGACAAACAAUUACUUUUCGUCGUGAUGCUACCAUGAUUCAGUGA